AUGAGUGUAGUGACUAAGUUCUACCAACAUCUCUUGGUCUUGGCCUUUGCUGUUAAGGAGAUCAAAGAGAAUUCAAAGAUCUUACCGAAUGUCAGUCUCGGUUUCCACAUCUAUGACUCCUACUAUGAUGUUCGAAUGACCUAUCGUUCCUCUCUGGAUCUCCUCUAUGCAUUGCAUAGAUAUUUUCCCAAUUAUAAAUGUGACAUCCAGAAAAAAUUAAUAGCUGUCAUUGGAGGAUUAAGCUUGGAAGUAUCUUCCUACAUGGCUGAUCUCUUAGGUCUCUACAAAAUUCCACAGCUGACAUAUGGCUCGUUUGCCCCAAUGGAGAAGGAAACAAGAGAUUCACCUUCCUUUUACUCCAUGGCCCCAAACGAAGCUCAGCAGUAUAUGGGGAUUAUCAAAUUACUUCAGCAUUUUGGAUGGCGCUGGAUUGGGCUCUUUGCUGUGGAUGAUGACAGUGGAGAUCGUUUCGUGGAGGAUAGGAACCCUUAUUCAGCACAAGGAGAUGGUUUUCUCAAGGAUUUCUGGGAACAAGCUUUUGACUGUGCAUUUCCAAAUCCCUGGGGGGUAUUGGAAAUCAAUGAAACAUGUACUGGUGAGGAAAGGCUAGAGAGUCUCCCUGGGCCUGUGUUUGAAACGUACAUGACUGGCCACAGCUACAGUAUCUAUAAUGCUGUCUAUGCUGUGGCACAUGCUUUGAAUGCCAUGUGCUCAUCUAAACCCAACAGCAGAGCGCUUGUGGACAGCAAACAAGCUGUACUUCAAGAUCUUCAACCUUGGCAGAUCCAUCCAUUUCUUCAAGGCAUCUCAUUUAACAACUCAGCUGGAGAAGCAGUGCUUUUUAAUGACGACAUGGAAAUAGGCACUGGAUUUGACAUAACCACCUUGAUCACAUUCCCAAAUAAGUCCUUCCUCAGGGUGAAAGUUGGAAGAAUGGAUCCAAGUGCUCCUAAAGGAAAAGAAUUCACCAUCAAUGAGGAGAGGAUUGUAUGGCAAACAAGUUUUAACCAGGUGGUGCCCCUUUCUCUGUGUAACGAUUAUUGCUAUCCUGGUUAUCAUAUGAAAAAGAAAGAAAGGGAGCCAUUUUGUUGCUAUGAUUGUGCUCCAUGUCCAAAAGGGAAGAUUUCAAACAAGAAGGAUGUGGAUGACUGUGUCAAAUGCCCAAGAGAUCAAUACCCAAGCAAAGAUCGUGACCAAUGUCUUCCGAAGACACUGAGCUUUUUGUCUUAUGAACAACCUUUGGGGAUUGGAUUAGCUUCUACUGCCCUUGCUUUGUCCCUACUCACAGCCUUAGUGCUGGGAAUUAUCAUUAAGCACAAGGAUACCCCCCUUGUCAAAGCCAACAACAGGGAUAUCACCUAUACUCUCCUCAUUUUCCUCCUGCUCUGCUUUCUCUGUUCUUUUUUCUUUCUGGGAUGGCCUCGGAAGGUGGCUUGCCUCUUAAGACAAGUGGCUUUUGGUAUCACCUUCUCAGUGGCUGUUUCUUGUCUGUUGGCCAAAACCAUCACUGUGGUAGUAGCUUUUGUGGCCACCAAACCAGGGUCCAGGAUGAGGAAGUGGGUGGGGAAAAGACUGGCCAACUCUAUUCUUCUUUCCUCUUCCUCCAUUCAGGCAGGCAUUUGUACGGUUUGGCUUGCAACCUAUCCCCCUUUCCCAGAUGUGGACAUGCUCUCACUGACUGAAGAGAUCAUCCUGGAAUGUAAUGAAGGAUCUGUUGCUAUGUUUUACAUUGUCCUGAGCUACUUGGGACUUCUGUCCCUCAUCAGCUUGAUUGUGGCUUCCUUUGCCAGGAAGUUGCCAGACAGUUUUAAUGAAGCCAAGUUCAUCACCUUCAGCAUGCUGAUCUUUUGCAGUGUUUGGUUGUCUUUUGUUCCAGCCUACUUGAGUACCAAAGGGAAAGACAUGGUAGCUGUGGAGAUCUUCUCUAUCAUGGCCUCCAGUGCUGGGUUACUGGUUUGUAUCUUUUACCCUAAAUGCUACAUUAUUCUGAUCAGGCCUGAGUUGAACAAUAGGGAACUGCUCACAAAAAGUAGAAAGAAUUAA